GCAAGAUAUUAAGGCUAACAAAGUGGACCGGCAACACACACAAUCAUAACGCAAACGCUGCUCAAGAAAACAUCACACAAGAUAUUCACAAGUUGAGGAAGAAGAUGGGCGGCUGCGACGUCGACGGGAAUCUGAACCAGGACAAGUUCAGUGCUCCUAUGCCUUGGAUUGGCAUCUAUGUAGCAGCUGCAACCUUAGCCUGCCUAAUUGCGAUGGCCGCCGAUGUUAUCCAUGGCUUUCGACAUUGGAAACUCUGGUUCCCUUGCAAGUUCUUCUCCAUCAAUGCAACUUCUUUGACCUUGAUCGGUGUUGCAAUUAAACUGUCGGUGGAUCUCAAUACUCCGAUGCCUGGCCGCCAGGAUCAGCUCGCAAAGCUCAGCAGUUCUGUCUUGAUCUGCACAGUAAUGGGUAACACCAUGCCUUCUCUUGGAGUCAUGAAAAAUAAAGAAAUCAUGAUGAAUGCAAUUGCUUUUGGAAUUCUGGUUGUUACCCUUAUCGUGAAUAUUUGCAUUCAAUUAGCUACUGGUGCAAUCUUUGUUUUCUGCAUGGAGCAUGCUUUCAUCAUGUUCAUCAUGCUUGUUCUACUUAUCAUGAUGAACUUCUCUGCUUUAACCAUUCCCGUAUGUAAACGAUAUUUAGAACACAAGUACAAUAAAAAGUACCAAUUAGCUCUAAAAGAUGCCAGAGAUGAAACAGGUAGACCAGUGGUUACCAAACUUAAAGACUGUCUGAUGAAACAUUGGAUGAUGGCUCAUACCUCUAGUCCCCAGUUUGUGGUGGGGCGUUCAGCGACAUGCACGGCUUCUGGAGCAUUUUGUCUUUUGAGUGCCAUGAUUUUAGCAGAAGCAAUGCUUCGGAGUUACUUGAUGCCCUGGUCAUUUACAUUUUGCAGCGGCAAGUCUGACUACAAGUGGUCAACCACUUUGGUUCUUACUGUGCAGACCACUGCAGUAGCAGUUGGUACAAUCGGUCCUGCAUCAAGAUGGUUCACCGCCAUAAAUUUCAGAUGCGCAAAAAGAGGAAACAAAAGCUACAGAGAAGAACUUAAAGUAGAAAAGUACUGGACCCAGGGACUGUUAGAGUUGAAAGAAUGCCCUUUAUCAAUGAGAAUCAGAAAUAGGCACUGCAGGAAACUUGUUCACGGCAUAAGAAACAAACUUUUAGACUUGUGUAUCUCAAUGCAGACGGGCAAUGUCAUAGUGAGUAAGGCCAUUCGGCUUAUUUCCAUCUUCAUUGUUAGCAAGAUAUUGUUAUGCUGCGACUUCUGCAAACAGAGGAAGUCCAAUGUCAACACUAUUUUUAAUGAUUCGGGGACAGAGUCAGGGCCAAACCCAAGGCUAGAUCUUAGCCGGUACGUUCUGCAUCUUGAAGGUGAGGAUGCAUUGGUGCACCACAUGAUGAGAAGCAACUAUGAUGCUACCGAUCAUUGGUUUCGAAGGGGAAAGAAGCUAGAGCCUAAAUAUAUCAUGAAACUGUUAAAGAAAUCAACACUUUCACAAGGAUUCAAGGGAGUUGCCAAUUUUGACAGUGAACAAGUUCCCUCUCUAGACAUGGAAGAACCACCAAAUUGUUGGGCACUACCUGUCGUGACACUUACAAGUAUUGCUCUUGCACUUUCAAACAUCAGCAGUAGUUCAAUUGAAGAGCUGAUAAAUGGUGUUCACGAAGGGCUCAUGUACAUAAAUUUUAUUGAAAAUUACCUGGAUGGUAAAGAAGAUGUCACCAAUGUCAGAAAGGCAGCAAUUACAGUGUGGCAAGGAGUUGAUCUCUAUCACAAAUGGCUAGAUGUGGAUCUCCGUAAAAUGUCACCUGAGGGGAAGAGCUCAAAGGAAAUACUUGAAGGACUUGCUGAGACUGCAAAGUUUAUAUUUGAAGAGUCUAGAAAGAAGCAUAUGACUACGAAUGCAUGUUUAAGAGAUAACCCUUCAAAAUGGCCUGUUAGAGAACUGGCUGCUAAUUCCAUGUAUAGGAUAAGUCAAACUAUUCUGAUGAAUUAUGAAGGCAGCAUCAACCAGACAGGUGAGAGAUUAUUCGAAGAGCUGAAUGUCAUGAUUUCGGACAUAAUGGCUGCUUGUCUCACUAAUUUACGUCUAGUUAUAAAGAGGAAGUGUCUGAGCAUCGGCAUUGAAGAGAGGGAGGAGGGUGUGCGGCAUGCAGUUUACAUUCUUGGCAAAACUGAAAACAUUUUGAAUAUUCUAGACCAUAGAAUUCCCCCAAGUAUGGACCUGCACCAAAUUUCAUGCAUUGAUGAGUGGCGUUCGUUGCACAAGGACAGUCCCUUGUACUUCCCUUCUCCAUCUCCAUCAGAGGGUGACGAAGCCUCUUCUCUUUCAAGUGACUUCUACCUGGUGAUUGACUAGAAUUAACAACAGUGGUCAUGUUAGAACAUAACGAGUUGAAGCUACUUUCAAAUUUUUUUUCACAUCUCUUUUAGUGGGUAUUCGAAACUAAUAUAUGUAAUAGACAUUAUUGAUAGCGGCAAACAAAACUGUAGGGCAUGAUCUUAUCUUUUUUCUGAAUGGAACCCCCUUCCCGUGAUGAA